UCAAUAAUAUUCGCGCAACAGUAAUAAGUUGACAAUUACCGGUACGAAAUAAUAUGAUGUCUUUAGUCGAGAGACAGAGAUUGACGAAAAUCUGUUAAGGUAGAUGCGACGACUGUAUUGGGAAUUUUAAAUAUGAAAUGGUUUUUUUUUAAUAGUUUACCUAAGUUAAUAUUAGAUAAAUGAAGCGUGACUUUAUCAUUCGCGGCAAUAGUACCACAUCCCGAACAAACGAUGUCUUUGUUUUACUCCAAAAAUCCUUUCACUGCAAAUGUUUCUCAAAAUAUGAUUAUGUAUUGCAAUGAUAUAACGUUUAUGGAAAAAAAAAAAGACUUUAAAGCUAAAAUAAUUAAUUUGUACUUGAUGUUUAAUACAUAGAAUACCCCUAAAAAGGCGAGAUUAAAUACUUGGUAUCAUUGUCAAUGACGUUUCGUAACCACUGACAAUAAGCAGAGACAAUGCAUGUCUGCAUGACAUUAGGUUUAGUUCCAUGUAUGUUUCGACACCACUCAUCCAUAGUUGUAGAGAUUGCAGAGUUAGUCGAAGUAAAAUACUUCUUUUUUUAAACUUCUCAAACUAUUAUUGAAAGUAUUUGAUAAAAUUCUUUGUGUCUAUAACAUAAGAUAAGCUCGCAAAAUCCCAUCAAUACAAUACGCUCUGACAAUAUCCGAGGGCUUAUAAUACCGUCAAUAAAUCGUAUUUGUUGUUGUUAACAAAAGUAAAACUUUUUUGUCAGUCUAUGUUUAUGACACGCCGAGAUGCAAGAAAACAACAAUUUUGAAACUAUCAUUAGCACAUGGCGUCGAUUGUCUGGGGAACAAAUAGAAACUGCUGUAGUAAGUAUGUCUGGAGAUUCACCUGAUUUCCAACCACACAAGAAGAAAGAAGAGGAGACAGAUUUACUAAUGCCAGAGCGGACUAAAGUACCUAUUGCAAGUAUAGCAGCAGCUGGAACAGCAGUGGGUGCUUCUGACGUGCCAUCUGACAGUACAGGGAAUGCUGAAGAAAAACAGGAGUUUAUAAGACAUGACAGCAAAGAAGAUGGUAAGGAAGGGGCUGGAGACACAAACAACAAAGAGUUCAAGAGCGACAUAAAGGAUGACUAUCUUGACAAUGAAAAAGUAGCAAACAAAUCUGAAAAGCCAGAUAAAGAUGCUGAGAAAUUUGGAGAUAAGGUUGACAGUGUAUAUUUAAGACCUCCGCCUCCACACAAAGCCAGGUCGACUGCAUCCACAGUUGAGGAAGAAGACUGCGGCAUCAAGUGUCUGUACUACACAAUCCAGUGUUGUGACUGUGUCCUCAUGUAAGGUACAUCCAGGUUAAAACUAUGCUCAUGUAGAAUAUAAAACUAUUUUUUUAAAACCACAUAUCGCAUGUGAUCUAUAAUAUUAAUCAAUUUAUUCAACACAUUGUGAAACAUGUAUUUCAUUUCACAGUGUUGACAGUAAAUUUUCUAUUUGCAUAUAGAAUGUAUUUUGCUAAAAAUGGUAUUGAAACUAGCAUCUAAAUUUUUUAUUUAUAGUGUAGAUUAUUUUACGAGGAACCAUGACUGUUUUUGUAACAUGAAAUUAUAUGAAGUGACUCAAUGGUAUAAAUACUGAAAUAACCUGCCAAGAUUUAACUUAGUCAAAAAAAAAAAAUGUCCAUUCCAACCUGUUCCAAGUAUGUGAUAAGUAACAAAUAUAUUUUUGUAUUAUUAGUUCUAUAAAUUAACUACAAUAAGACCUUCAUACAUAGCAAUGAAAAAAAAAUACGAUACAUUUAGAAAUAUAAUUUAAAGUUUACAAUUAAUAGAACAAAGACUGUAUAUUCAAUCUACCUUUGGAUAACAUAAAGGUUGUGUAAUAGUGACAUAAAAUUUAAUGAUUUUAGAUUUACUUUUAAAACCAUAAGGUAAAUGUGCGAAUUAUGCACUCAUUUAUAUAAUAAAUAAACAACACAAUUUUAUCCAACAGACCUUGUUAUAAAAUGGCUAGUCUGCAAGUUGAAUCUCUUCACAUUUGAACGUGUUCUUAGGAACUUUUUAUUUUUCAUAAUAUAACUGUGCCAAUCUCUUUUUAUGGAAUAAUCUUAAUGCUCGAUUAGUAUGAUCUAUGCUAUCCAGAAAUUGAAGGGAAAAGGAACUUCUUCCAUAUUUAAUAUAAGAUAAAAUAUGUCAUAUUAUUAAAACUCCAUUUAUGGAGGAAUAUUUAGUGAAUAUUUAAUUUCAAGGCAAUAUUCCUACAUAUGCAAUUAACUUGUUACAUGUAUCAAGUUUUAGCUCUAGCAUUUGCCUUAGUAGUGGGUACCACUAGACUAGCUCCUAAUUAGGGCACAAGUAUUGUACACUUGUUGUAAGAGCCACAAUGCCACUAUUUUUAGUUCUUUCUUAUUAUGAAUUUACCAAGUGUAUCAUUUAUAGCUUUAUUUUUGACUUUAUAUUUUGUCAACUAUUACAAGGGGAACAGACUCCGUCCAGAAGGGGAGCCUGUACUUGGUGUAGUAAUAGACUGUAGAUUUUUAAAAUAUGUAUUUAUAUGAAGUGUACACAUUUGUACAACCAAUAAAAAUUAACUUGAAACCUAA